GAACUUUAAAAGGGUUAUUUGCUGUCAGAUGGCCUGGGAGAGGCACAGAGAGCUGGAAGCUGGGGAUACUCUAACCCACUCCAAGCCCCAAGAGGAUGAAAUUGGUGCCCUUUCUGCUGGAGCCUGAAUGCUUGCAGUUUGCUGUGGGCGUGCUAAAUCUGCUUCCUCUUCAAGGGCUGGGGAAAGGAACCUGACUGGGGCUCUCCCAGACCACCGAAGGCUUAACAAACACAUUUUGCCCAGCCAGCAGCGAUCCCCCUGUACUGCAGGAGAGCUCAGUGUAGGAUCUGGUGUAGGUCUCUGCCCCAACGCUGCCCUGCCCUUUCCUACCAAGGGGUGGGGGGGUUCCUCCAAGUCUCAGUUUCUCUGCCCAUAAAGGGGAGUGGAGCUGGGAGUGGGGAGGAAGCUGUAGUUUCCAUGGAGACUCCUACCUCAGCCAGUGGUGAUAAAAGUGCCAGAAAAGGGAUUUGAGAGAGAAGAGGAGGGGCGUGGAAGGAACAAGAAUCUCUGAAGGGGUCAGAAAGGGUCUUCAGCCUCAAAGUGGUGAUGUCGUCUGCCAGCUCUCAAGUUGUCCAAACGCCUACCUCUUCCACCUCUUCCUCCAGGAACUUCCUGUACGGAGCUGCAGCUCUGACCCCUUCCCUUCAGGUGCUCCAGUCCAGCCCAGCCCUUUGCCCAGGGCCUGACAGCUUCAGAAAUUGAGGGGAGGAGGACGGAAAAAGGGAGUAGGGCUAGAGUGGUUCCAGAACGGGGCUUGGAGGAGGGAGAGGCGUUUCCUUACCCCGUGGGAGCCGGCCUCUCUCCUUGUUUGCUCUGCGAUAGCCAGUCUCGCUCCUGCCCAGCACGAGGAGGCAGCCCUGUGGGCGCCACCUUCUCUUUCCUGACCGGGAUACCAGACCACAGACGGCAGGCCGCGGCCAUGGCCCGACUCCUGCGGCCUUUGCUGUGCGGGGCGCUGCUGGGAUUGAUCUGCAUGACUGACCCGGGACCAGCCGUGGAGGUGCACGUGCCUGCCGAGCCCCUGAGUACGCCAGUGGGCAAGACUGCGGAGCUGACCUGCAGCUACAGCACGUCGGUGACAGACACCUUCGUCCUGGAGUGGAGCUUUGUGCAGCCUGGGAAGCCCAUCUCUGAGUCCCAUCCUAUCCUGUACUUCACCAGUGGACAUCUGUAUCCAACUGGUUCUAUGGCAAAGCGGGCCAGCCUGCUUCAGAAUCCCCCCACAGCAGGGGUGGCCACCCUGAAACUGACUGAUGUCCGCCCCUCGGAUACUGGAACCUACCUCUGCCAUGUUAACAACCCACCAGAUUUCUACACCAAUGGGUUGGGGCUAAUCAACCUUACUGUGCUGGUGCCCCCCAGUAGCCCCUUGUGCAGUCAGACUGGUCAAAUCUCUGUAGGGGGCUCUGCUGCACUGAGGUGUAGCUCUUCCGAAGGAGCCCCCAGGCCAGUGUACAACUGGGCCCGCCUUGGAUCUUCUCCUACACCUUCUGCUGGCAGCAUGAUGCAAGAUGAGGUGUCUGGCCAGCUCAUUCUCAGCAAUCUCUCCCUGGCCUCUUCGGGCACCUACCGCUGUGUGGCUACCAACCAGAUGGGCAGUGCAUCCUGUGAGCUGACUCUCUCUGUGACUGACCCUUCCAAAGGCCGAGUGGCCGGGGCUGUGAUUGGGGCGCUCCUGGGCGUGCUGUUCCUGUCCAUCGCUGCCUUCUGCCUAAUAAGGUUCCAGAAAGACAGGAGGAAGAGGCCUACGGAGACAUACGGGGGUAGUGACCUUCGGGAGGAUGCCAUGGCUCCUGGACUUUCUGAGCAAAUCCCUGUGAGGGCUGAUUCCAGCAGUGGGCUCCUGGAGAGGCCCCCCUCUGCCAGCACUGUGUCGACCACCAAGGCCAAGCUGCCUAUGGUUGUCUAACUUCCCGCCUGAUCCCUAAGGGAGAAUAUCAACAAUUAAAGCCGUUGGGUACCAUAUUGCCUUCCUCUUCUUUCGGC